GACAGACAAUGAGUGAGAAUUGGGAACAAAUGUACGGAAAAGACAUUUCCAGAGAAGUAUUUGUUUGUAAACACAAUGAAUGCAAAUACGAGUCCAUCGAUGAAAAUGAGGUUCAGAUUCACUGCAGACAUCACUCACAUCCAGACACUCCUCAAGACAUCAAAACCGAAUCGGGAAGCACUGGAAGUGAUGAUCAAAUGGUUGACAACUCGUCGGUGGUGGUGAAGAAGACCGGCAAAUAUGUCUGUGAAGUGAUUGGAUGUCACAAACAGUUCUCUUAUCUCAAAUGCUUUGAAAGCCAUAAACGUAACGAACACUCGACUCAAAGCACGAAGAAUAUGACACCAAAUAAAGACCAGAAUCUUAAGAAUAACGACAAUAUGUGGGAACUGUAUGUCGAGUGCCGGCCAAUCGAUGGCACCGACAGACUGUUCUGCAAAUGGCCGGACUGUCACUUCGGGUCCAAUCUUCGCGUUGUCCUCAAACAACACGUUAUUAACAGUCAUUUGACACAAAAGCGGAUCAGAAGUCGACCCAAAAUUCACAACGAAUAUGAAUAUUGGGAUAAAAUUCUGUUCGACCGGAAAGGCGUCAGAUUCUCGGAUGAACCUAAAGCUCCAGUUCCCACAAAAGUGAAAUAG